ACCAUUGACUGCAAUAUUUAAAGUGUUUCCUUAGCUUCGGAAUAAAUACAUCAGACAAAGGGUGGGCUGCAGUUGCUGACCUCUAGCAUACCCCUCCAAGGAGAAAAUGAGAGUUUAUGCAUGCACUGUAUUUUGCAGCUAUUUAACAUUUUAUUUUAAGGAGGGCAAGGUUGGAAGGAAUGACUUGGAAAAGAAAUUCAAACAUAGAAAAGUAAAGAUCUGGAGAAUAUGAGAGACACACUUAGAGGCAGAAGAGACUGGAAGAAGCUUGGAAAUUGUCACUACAUGAACUAAUCCCUGGUCUUUGAAAAACAAAAAAUAAAAUCAGGUGGGCUCCAGGACAAAAUUCACUUCUGGUGAUGCUGAGAUCAAAAUCUCAAAGAAGGAAUGCUGUUCCCAAAGGGAAUAAACUGCCCCCCUAUGAACUGGCACUCCCAGAAGCUGGUCCACCAGAUCCCACUAGAUCUGAAGCCCUCAGCAGCUCUGGCAAUGUGUCAUCCCAUCUGGAAAAGUCACCAAAACCUGGUGGGACACUCUGAAGUGGUGGCAGUGUUCCUGCUGCCCCAGCCAAUUGUUGAACCUGGCCAAAGAUGCUUCGGGGAAACGAUCAGCAUGGGAAGCCUUGGGAACGGAUGCACAAGGAGAUGCCUGAUGGUGAACUGAGAUGUCCGAUUGUAGGAAAACAGAUUCUGUCUUGGUUUUUUUAAUUAUUCAUCUUGAUGAUUGCAGUAUCUCCUGCAUGUCUUGGACAUCUCUUUGAGGAUGGAUUAUUGCCUAGGCUCCAGCAAGGUCUUGGUUAGCUAAGAGCAAACAGCAGGCAUUGAGUUGUAUCUGAAUGCCCCUGCCUGCAGCACAGGAGUCUGACAGAGGUUGUACAAGAUGCCUUGAAGAUGCUGGGUGCAGACUCCCCUCCUGAUCUGAGGAUGGCUAAUGCAGCCGGGCACUCCUUUACACCUGAUCUGGCAACAUCACUUAUCAUAUGAAUUACUGCCUGUCAAUUGCAGCAUGCACCAAGCAGACGGAGUUGGGUUUGUACCCUCUUUCGUGUGCAAGGUUGGGAAAGGAUAGAUUCAAGGUCUUAUUUUGGCCCACUGACAGAGUUUGGCUCACAGCUGUGGGAAAGACUUGCUUCAAGGUUAUCAGAAAUGCUAUAAAACACCUUGCAUAAUUAAGUUUCAGUUGCCAAGUCACCUGGAAAAUUCACAUCAAACUGUUGAAUGGGGGGGGGGGGGGCUUAUUCAGUACCAUAACCCACCCAUGACCUUGCAGAAAACCUCUGGAAAAACACAGGUCCUGGCUCCACCCCAGACAAACUUACUCUAAACCCUGUUUGAGAAAUCUAACAACUCUGCCUUCCUGCAGAUUAUAUAUAAACCGCCCUAAGGUCACAGCCAGUUUCAGACUGUAGUAGAGGCAUCUGAAAGUCCUCUACCACUUUGGGGCUGCGAGCAGAGUCCUGUGAAUAAAAAUAUUUAUGUGCCGCUCUUUCACACGGUGAACAAGAGCCCUUCGCUCGAAAUCCUUCCCGCGAUGCUGUUGCUGCUGCUGCUGCAGGUCUCGGCGAGCUGCCUCUGGCUGGCAGGCAGCGAGGUGGUGACAUCCUUUGAAAGGUCAUGCCCUCAGUUUUUCUUCCGGGAAACGCCCCCAAAUGAAGCCCUGCAGCCCGAGAACCCAGCCUGGAUCUGCCAGCGUUACAAGAACCAGUAUUAUUUUGCCACCCUGUACGACAGGAACAGGCGUAUUCCUGUAUACUCUGCUUACCUCUACCAGCCUGGACCUGGCACGAGACCUAAAACAUGGCUGGUUGAGCCCCAGCUGAUGAGUCCAACUUAUCCCAAAACUAUGGAAAGAGAGCGGACCCUCUUAAAUUAUUUCAGCGUCAGCUUAGAGCAACUCAGCAAGAGCCAGGCUAUCCUCAAAGACUAUAAGAACCUGACAGGUUUGAACCGCGGCCAUUUGAACCCCAGCAGCCAUCACCCUGACUCCAGCAGCAGGACGGCUACCUUCACCCUCACCAACAUAGUGCCCCAGAAUGAGAAACUCAACGGUGGUGCCUGGAACAACUACGAGCAGCAAACAAUGACCAGGAGGACCCAGGGCUGUAACACUACCUACGUGGUCGUGGGUGCCGUGCCUGGGAACAACUAUAUUGCCAAGGGGAGGGUUAAUAAACCCAGCCACAUCUGGUCGAGUGCCUGCUGCGAGGUGGACACCAACCACAGGAAGGCUUGGGCGGUCAUUGCCGAGAACGACAAGAACGAGGUCCAGCUCCUCACUCUGGGGGAGCUGGAGGAUGUGUUGACCCAGCUCUAUGGAAGGGACCAGGUUUCUCUGUUUCACAGAGACUGUCCCCGGGAAUAAGCCCCACUUCACAUUCCGGGUGUAAAAGGUUUGGGACUUUUCGCCUUAUGUCCUGUGCAGCACCCAUCCUGCUUCCUUCUCUAGUGGUUUUCCAGCUCUGUCUCUCAGAGCACCUCCUCCUCCGAUAAAAGGGAGAAAGAGGUCAGCAGAGCCUCCAGCUGGUUUCCUUCCCUGCCCACCCUUGGAGGGAGCUCUUAGGAAGAAGUCUAAGGACGGGCAGGCUGGGUUACAGCCCCUGGGCAAGGAAAAAAGAGCUUCUCACUGAGACUAGAAGGGCUUUGCCUUUUUUUGCCUUUUGCUCCAUGCCCAUAUAGAGAUCAUAGUUCCUUCCUCUCCUCAUUAGGUAUCACUGAUAGUGUGCUGCUGACUUGUCCCUCACCUCCUUAGGAAGGGUGUGGGACGAGGGUGGCUCGGGUUGCCCAGAGAGGUUGUGGAGUCUCCAGUGCUGGAGAUACUGAAAACCCAACUGGACAACCUGGUCUAGCUGACUCUGCUUGAGCAGGGGUCUGGACUAGAGGAUCUUCAGAGGUCCCUCCCAACCUCAACGAUUCAGUGAUUCUGUGAUUCAUCCUGGAACAAGGAAAGCAAAGAGCCCAAGGAUUGCUGAGAGUCUGUAAGGCUUAUCCUACAAAAACAUUCUGACCAACAGAGCCAAUGACAACAGCAAAGGAUAAAGGGAGAGAGGAAGGUGGAAAGAAGAAAUACAACUAAGCAUAGGAAGAACAUCCCAGCUCUCUUGAGGUCUGUAAAUAAAUAAAACAAGGAGAAGGAAGCAAAUAACCUACAUCUAAUCACUAAGCUCCCUAACCCUGUGCUUACGCAGAGUCUGUGUUAUGUAAAUUUGCUAGCAGGUUUUUGUUUGCUUGCUUUUGGUACCUGCACCUGAGAGCAGGAGCUGAGGUAUCAGACAACCAGGCUCAGAGAUCAGAUAUACAGCAAGCUUUGACCAUUUCUGUGAUACACUGGUUGGAUAAUUUCAUUCUCUGCUCUGCUUCUGAACUUUUUCUGCAGAUUUAUGUAUAACUGAUUUUAUGAAAUGCAUUCAAUGGGUAUAAAAGAUCAAUGUAUGCUAUAUAA